AUGGCCAGGAUAAUGGGGAGUAUCAUAGCCUUUAUAUAUACUUCGCCGCUGGAGGAUGACGUCGAACUACACCGGGCUUGCUACACCAUAAUCGAUGCCCUUGCCAUCAUCCUGCGAGGUGACCAACGAUGUGUGGCGGAAGGGACGAUGUGCGAAUUUGACGCCUGUAUCCUGACAGUGCACCUGGAUCAUCACGGUAAAGCCCAGCGGAGGUUGAGUGAUCGCCACUUAAGGGGUGCUUCGGUUGAGUUCUACAUGAAACAACCUGAGCGCCAGGGAGAUUCAGAUAUGCACAUAUGCUUGUGCCAAUACAUUGCGUUAUUUAGAGGCGAGGGGGCCUUUGGUGUCGAGUGUCGUCAGCCAUCUUACGGAAGAAACGCGGGAGUUGACUCCUCUAAGAUAGGAAAUCACCUGCGAGCGUGCAUGACAAUGAUAGCAAGGAUCUGCCCUUGCUUCUCUUGUGUACAGAACCCGGCUGACAAAGGGGCCUUGAUGCACAACAACAGCAGCAUGAGCUUGUUCCAAUCGAUCAAAGCUCCAUUUUCCAAGAGGCGAUAUGAAGCUUUACAUCACGGAUCUGAUGAGAAUAUAGGCGAGAAGCCCUUAUGUACAGCUUGCCAGCGCCAGUUCAGAGGUAGAAAAAAAUUACGAGAGCUCAAUAUUUGCGUAAUGAGCGGCGUGUUCUUCACCACUGUCAUCAUAUUCCUGCUGCUUGCCGUGUUAUUCGACACGUACUUGAACUCGGAGAAGAACGCAGCUCUGCGUGGAAGCCUUUACUGGUCCCCAAUUCUCGAUGAUGUGGAGCUACCCCAGCGCAUAGCGACAAUGAACAGCACUCUCCUACCACCACCAGACCCAUCCAUCGCCCGUCAAGAACCAGGACCAGAGAACGAUGCCGAGUGGUAUAAGUACAACGACACGCCACUGUUUUGGCUCACUCGAGAGGAGAUCGGAAAGCUAGGCCAAAACCCCGAUACAGCUGCAAGAUGGGACCGCGAAUAUUGGGGACACGAUGAAGACCUUUAUGUGGGAAAGUUGGAUAUAUCACAUAAGGCCUAUGACGAUUAUCCAGGCUAUCAUCCCAACCACCAUCACGAUAAGAGGGAGAGGGAUAGUAGCAAAAUGGACUGGAUCCAUCUCAGCCAUUGCAUAGAUAUGCUUCUGCAGUUCGUCCUUUGUAAAGCAGACACCGGCAUCGUUACCUUCACAUAUGUUGAAGGGCAGGAGGCCCCUUGGCCCGACUUUCAUCUCAAGCGCCAAUGUGGGAACCUCGAGCCUCUGCUCGACUGGGCAAAAGGUCGAGAGGGCAUCAUCACCAAGGGGAGGGCAAUCCUCAUCCAAAUUUGUCUUCAGGUUAGUGGACCUUCAAAGAUAGUGCUUGGACGACACGUUACUGCCGGUAGUGGAAGGACUUGA